AUGGAUCUUGUCCAGAAAGUAAAGAAUCUAGUGGGCUUCGGCAAGGCCGAAGUGAAAGCCGAAGAAAAACCUCCCAAAAAUAUGAAUGAAGUCAUAUCAAGAUUACCUGAGUCAUUUCACAAGUAUAUGCAGAAAGAGUUGCCAUAUCGCCGCGCGUCUGCCCUGGUUUUUAUCGCUAUUGUACUUGGGAUGGGUACACCACUCUGGUAUCGUACAACUCAAACAUAUCGUGCACAUUUCGAUACGUUUUCCAAGGAUAUGACGAUCUCUCUUAAUAUCCGAAUAAAUCUUGCAGUCACCAAUGACAGUUUGAAGGAGGAAGUGAAUUCUAUGACGAAGGUUUUACUGGAUAAACUUGCGGACAAUGAAAUCAAAACUCCAUUGAAAAUCAACUGGAGCAUCAGAAAUCUAGGCCUGAGAGACCUACAUUCUGUUGAGAAUGAGCGCAUACCGAAGUCUAAUUCUCUUGAUGUUUUUGUUGCCAUUGUUUCGCCGCAGCAAUGGCCACAUUUCUCAGCCACCAAUAUCUAUCUCGGGCGUGGUCGUUGGGCUGCAGUGCUUAUAGAUGUCCCCCAUCUCAAUUCCAUUGUUAAGCGCGAUCUUCGCGAGAAAAUGCAGCCAUGGCAAAUAGCUGCCCUAUCACCAUCUCAACAGAAGCGAUUGAUUUGGGACUCUGCUACACUGUCUAUGGACUAUAUCAUCCAAGUGAUUCAUGUACAUGACAACGCGAAUUCUUCGGUGAUAUCCUCAGGCAAUAUACUGCAAGUGAUGAAGGUGUUUGCGAAAAGGCUUGAACCGGUCACUCAUCUACAGGUGUGUCCACUCUCUUCACGUGCACAUUAG